GCUCAAGACCUCACACACACACGCCCACGCCCUUUGCCGCGUGGCCCGUCCACCGCCAUGUCAUCGGCCGGCAUCCAUAUCUACGCCCGCGACGGCCCCGGGAUCCCAGGAGAACUCGACCGCGACCAAUACGCCCAAGACACCGGGCCGCCAGGGACACGCUGCAGCUUGAGCCAGCCAUGGCGCACCGGCCGGACGCCGAGGCGCCGCUGCUGGCUGCCGUCUCCAAGCCCGACGCCGCCGCCCCGCCGGCGAAGCGCAACAAGUAUCCCUUCUUCUGCGCCGUGCUCGCCUCCAUGACCUCCGUCCUCAUGGGCUACAACGUGGCGGUGAUGAGCGGCGCGCAGAUCUUCAUGGCGGAGGACCUCGGGGUGAGCGACGCGCAGAUCGAGGUGCUCUCUGGGGUCAUCAACAUCUACUCGCUCGUCGGCGCGCUGCUGGGGGGAUGGACCUCCGACCGCCUCGGCCGCCGGCUCACCAUCGUGCUCGCCAACGCCUUCUUCCUCGUCGGCCCGCUCGCCAUGGCGCUCGCGGGAGGGUACGCCGUGCUCAUGGCGGGGCGGUUCAUCGCCGGCGUGGGCGUCGGGUACGCGCUCGUCAUCGCCCCCGUCUACGCCGCAGAGAUUGCGCCCGCGUCGUCUCGCGGCCUCCUCACCUCACUUCCCGAGAUUUUUAUCAACAGUGGGGUGAUGCUGAGCUACGUGUCCAACUUCGUCUUCUCGGGGUUGCCGGUGCACCUGUCCUGGCGGGUGAUGUUCGCGGCGGGGGUGGUGCCCACGGUGUUCCUGGCAGCCGGUGUGAUGACCAUGCCGGAGUCGCCGCGGUGGCUGGCCAUGAAGGGCCGGCUUGAAGAGGCGAAGAUCGUGCUCGACAAGACGUCGGACACGCCAGCCGAGGCCGACCAGCGGCUGCUCGAGAUCGAGGACGUCGUGAACGGCGGUGGCACCGGUGGCGGCGGCGCAUGGAAAGAGUUGGCGACGAAGGCCGACGUCCGGCGGGUGCUGGCCAUCGUGCUGACGCUGCAGUUCUUCCAGCAGGCGUCGGGCAUCGACUCGGUGGUGCUGUACGGCCCGCGCGUGCUGGCCAUGGCGGGGGUCACGUCCAACACCCUGCUCCUGGGCCUCAACGUGCUCUUCGGCGUCGCCAAGGCCGGCUCCAUCCUCAUCGCCAUGGUGCUCGCCGACCGCGUGGGCCGGCGCCCUCUCCUCCUCGUGAGCACGGGCGGCAUGACGGCGUCGCUGCUGGUGCUGGGGUCCCUGUUCGCGGUGUUCGCUGGCGCCAAGGACGACGCCGCGGUCGCAGCGCUUAGCGUGGCCGCCGUGGUGGCGUUCGUGGUGGCCUUCUCCGUCGGGUUUGGGCCGCUGGCGUGGGUGUACAGCUCGGAGAUCCUGCCGCUUCGGCUGCGCGGGCAGGGCGCCGGGCUCGGCACCGCCGUGAACCGCAUCAUGAGUGGUGUCGUCACCAUGACGUUCAUCUCGCUCUACCAGGGUAUCACCAUGGCCGGGGCGUUCUACCUCUACGCCGCCGUCGCUGCCGCGUCCUUCGUGUUCGUCUACGCGUGCCUGCCGGAGACAAGGGGACGGAGCCUCGAGGACAUGGAGGAGCUCUUCCACACCAAGUGAUAUACUGAUAUGCAUAUGAUCCAUCCGUCCAUGAAUUCAAUUCACAGUGGCACUGCCAUUGCCAUCGUUGGGACUUGGGAUCUGGGUGUUGAUCUUGAUCGUCGACAGCGGCAUUGCAAUUGCCAUUGUUGGAGAUGUGUCUUGAUCUUGGUCACUGACACUGUGACAUGCAUAUACAAUUGCAACACUGUAAAUUUGUAUUCUUUCUUCACAGGAGGACGAAAAUAAAGGAUUCUGCUGUUCAUCA